GCCCAGCAGAGCUACGAGGCACUCAAGUGCACUGUCGUCAGCAUGCCGAACUCUCCACAGGCUUCAGCGUGCGAAGGAGCGCCCAGUGUACCCGAGGGCACUGCCAAUGCCGCUGGGUGCAUGGCAGCCGACGGCCAUGCCGGCGACAGUGCGCAGUCCGCACAGGGUGCAUGCAUGCCGGCGAACGCUACCUUUGCCUGCAAUGGCUGUGGAGGAGGUUGCACCUGUGCAGGAUGCCCAUGCGGUGGAUGUGACGGAUGCGGCUGCGGCGGCUGUGGCGGCUGCGGUGGCUGCGGCUGCGGCGGCUGCUGUGGAGGUUGCUGUGGAGGCUGCGGUUGCCGGGGGUGCGAGGCCUGUGAUGGAUGUGGCUGUGGCUGUGGCUGCGGCAAUUGUGGCUGUGGCAACUGUGGCGCCUGCAACUGUGGAUGUUCAGGAUGUGGGGGUUGCGGCGGUUGUGGCUGCGGAGGAUGCGGUUGCGGCUGCGGAG